AUGUCAACCGUUCAGGAGGUGAUCGGUGGUACAAAAUUCUGGUUUCCAGAGCAUUUCCCAGCCAUGGAGCCAGACGUGCUGCCGGUAUUCUAUUUCAACGAUCUGCUCUUGAGCAAUAUUGGCGACACGAUAGGUCUCAAUUUGUUCGAACCCCGCUACCAGCUCAUGUGCAACCGCAUGGCCUCGGAUCCACGGUUCCUGUUCAUGCCCAACUACGAGGACGUUCGACAAUAUGACUACCGCUGCGCACCGGGAGACGUUGGAUUCGUGGUGCGAUUGACUGGAUUGUGGCAGCAGGCACACGGCAGCAGCUACGGGGUGCAGGGCUACGCCGAGCAGUUGGUAGCGGUGUCAUGCGCUUGGGAGGAACCGGACACCCACCACCUCCACUAUGCGCAGUACUGGAAGUUGGACGAAACAAAGGCACCGCUCUACCACAAGGAGAUUCAAGCGUUUACCCAUGGCUUGCUUCAGUGCGGAUGGACAUCCGUCCCUGAGCAGUACCCCUCAGGGCACAUCCGGCGCUUUUGCAACGGCCAGUCUGAGGUGCUUUGUGGUUGCAAUUGGCCGGAUCGAGCGUGGGUUCUGGCAUUCCUCGCUGACGAUGACGAGAGGCACUUGAAAUGUGGCUGGACGGCAGGGCUGCCAGAAUUGGUUUUGCCGCGCUUUACUGGAGACUCUUUUCUGGAGAAGGCCGUACAGGGCUUCCCAGCUCUGCCGCGUGGAACACCAUUGCAGGAGGUGCUGGAGCAGCUGCGUGCGGGCGUGUCAUCUGAUGCUGAUGCCACGCGCUCCCUCCGCUGCGCUAGCGGCGUCUCUGCUUCGGCGGUGUCCAGAGAGGACCACGACCACAACCGCAAGGACCAGCGUCUACCCGACCUGCCAAAGGUUCUGUGGGCGCAGCUCUUGAGCGAGGUGGACUUCGUCGGUCUGCGACCCUUGAGAAGCGAUGGCAACGGAGGCUAUGUCGCGGCCAAAACAGUCGAACCAUCAAUCGUGGUUCUGCUGUCCAACGAUUCAAACGUUGAUAUCCGUGCACUGCCUCAGGACGUUGAGCUAUCUGCCGAGUCGGCUCUCGCGUGCCUGUCAAAGCUUCAGUGGCAGUUGAACAGGCUUCGCUUGGCAAUCAUCCAUCGGGCUCGGUCUAAAGGCCAGCGGCCCCUCGCCAUGCUUGAGGAUGACGUUGCGCAGCAGAUGUGUGACUUCGUCGCUUAUCGUCCAGUGCCAGCCCGGGAUGCCAGGACACGAGUCCCGUGA